GCCGGCCGCGCCGCGGACUCGGGCAGACUCGCUCCCGGGGCGCGCGACGAUGGCCAACACGGUCGCUCUCUGCCUGCUGCUGGCGGCGCUGGCGGCGCUGGCCUCGUGCGGCCACCACCACGACACCACGGGCUCCACCCACUCCAGCGACUCCACCGACACCAGCUCCAGCAGCGACACCACCUCCAGCAGCGACUCCUCCGACUCGCACCACCACAGCGACCACCACCCGCACGGCUCCUCCUACUCGUCGCACGACCACGACGAUCACCACCGCCACGGCGGCGGCGGCGGUGCGCACACGAACCAGGUGCGCGCGGCGCAGUGGACCAGCUCCGACGAGGGCGCGCUCCUGCGGCAGAUGCGCGUGGCGCUGGACGCCGCCAAGCUGAGGGGCGCCGGCUCGUCGCGGGCCUCCGAGGACAGCGCGGCCCUGCCGCCGGCCGUGCUGCUGGACUGAGGUCCACGCCUGCUCUCAGUCGGCGUGUGUCGAGAUGGUACUGAAAGUAGAUCUGAAGCAGGACGAAGUUCAAGGGCCUCGCCACACUUGGCGCUUUGAAACGUCUGCUUGGACUGAAAAGUGAUUGGCUGAGUGCCAAUGCACUCGUCUGUUAGGUCAACAAGUCCGAGUGCAUUGGUCUGCUAGAGACGAUUAUGAUAAAUUGGUUUGUUUGCCGCAAAUCACGAGGUUUUAGCUUUUAGUUGACUGUGCGCCUUCUUUUACUAUUGAUAAAAUUUAAGAAUGAUUAAGCUCUCAAAAAUGCCAAGGAACACCGUGAUAGAAUUAUUUUGGUGUAAAACGAUAAUGUUCUGUUUACAUUUGUAGUUAUCAUACUUUAAUACAUAUGGGGAGUCUUAUCCUAGGACAAAUCUUAGGAGUAUCAGGUUGAAGUUAUUCGCUAUGCCUUUCCCAAUGGUCAAAUUAUCGACAGGCAAUAGUUUAUGAAUUAAUACUCGAACGGCACAUAUCUGCACACAUUCACAACUUUUGAAGAUAGUAAAUGAGGGAGUGUUUCAAAGUGUUUCCAAAUGUGUCAUUUCGAGCAUAUUAAAAAUAACAAAGUAAUGGCUGGGUGUUGCGUCACAGUUUAUGCAAAGAGGCUCCAAGAUAUGGAGGACUUUGAAUCACUAGGUCACGAACUCGGUUCUCAUGAAUCUGAGUCUCGUCGGUUUGUUAGGAUCAAACCCACAAUCUGCGUCACAUGAACAUAACGCAUUUAGCAACCACAGCCACGUUUUUUUUUUAACGUUCUUGCUCUUACGACCUGAUAAGAACACUACGAUAAUAAAUAAGCAUCGCGGACGAAUUUCUCAACUUUAGAAUAACCUUGUGUAACGAUAAAGCGAUGCGUAGACGAAGUCACGUGUACAUGCUGCAAAAAUGGAGCAAUUAUAUUAUUGUACUAGCUUAAUUGCAGAACCAUGCAGAUACAUCUUUUACUUGACUUUUGUUUUUCGUGUCCUUGUUUGUCAAUCCAUAUAUUUGGAAUUCAUUUGUUUUAGAAAGUAAACAUAUUUACAAAAGUAAUGAAAACAUAAA